AAUCUGCUUGUACAAUUAAAAAGUGUUACUAAGCCCAGGACCCUGCAUUCACUAUAUCUGUUCUCCACGGACCCUGCAUUCACUAUAUUUGGUCUCCUCGGACCCUGCAUUCACUAUAUCUGGUCUCCCCGGACCCUGCAUUCACUAUAUCUGGUCUCCUCGGACCCUGCAUUCACUAUAUCUGGUCUCCUCGGACCCUGCAUUCACUAUAUCUGGUCUCCUCGGACCCUGCAUUCACUAUACUACCCUGCAUUCACUAUAUCUGGUCUCCACAGACCCUGCAUUCACUAUAUCGGUCUCCCCGGACCCUGCAUUCACUAUAUCUGGUCUCCCCAGACCUGCAAUUAUAUCCGGUCU